GAGUCAUGAGAGUGUGGAUUUCCACAAAUUCCACUGGUGGCACUGAGAGUUAACAAUGUCUUAGUAUUACUUUUUGGAAACCCACUUCUUAUCUAGGGACCAAAUUUUGGCAUUUCUACUGAAUAGUCCUUAAUUCGCUUAUAUUAUCCCAAAUCACAAGGCCAAAAUCUGCCACUAUAGUUACUUCACAUUCAACAUUACACUAGCAUCUCACCACUUGUUUGUCCGCUAUUUUCUCCAAGCAAUUUGGUUUCUUUCUUUCUUUUUAUUGGGACAACAUAUUAGAUUUUUGGUUGAAAAAUAAUUUUAGUAGUGACAAAAAGCAUGAAUUUUGGAGGGCAUGGUGGUGGGUAUGGUGGUCGAAGUGGGCAAAGAACUCCUCUUUUGGAUCGCUACGUGCCUGGUAAAUCACCAGUUUACGAAUUUGAUUUGGGAACAUGAUUAGGGAGAUUUUAGUCAUUGCCUCAUUAUUACUCUCAAAUCUAGCAGGAAGUCUUUAACUUAGGGCUCGCUAUAAGAGAAAUGAACUUUCUGCUGAAGGUGGCUUAACAGACCUAGAGAAUGGAGAUACACCAGCUGCAAAUGUGGGAUUCUGUAGGGUUCUAGCUCUUGCAAAACCUGAUGCACCAAAAUUAGUUAUAGCUACAAUUGCUCUGUUGAUUGCAGCCACAUCAAACAUAUUAGUUCCCAAGUUUGGUGGAAAAAUUAUUGAUAUUGUGUCAGGAGAUAUCAGUUCGCCGGAGCAGAGAUCUCAAGCUCGGAAAGCAGUCAUGAGCACCAUAUUAGAGAUCGUCCUAGUUGUUAUCGUGGGAUCAUUGUGCACAGCAUUAAGGGCGUGGCUGUUCAAUUCCUCUAGUGAAAGGGUCGUUGCGAGACUGAGAAAGAGUUUGUUCUCCCAUCUAAUUCACCAGGAAAUAGCUUUUUAUGAUGUUACGCGAACAGGAGAGCUUUUGAGUAGACUAGCUGAAGACACCCAAAUCAUAAAGAAUGCUGCUACUACUAAUCUUUCUGAAGCUCUGAGAAAUUUAGCGACCGCAUUUAUUGGUCUGGGUUUCAUGUUUACAACAUCAUGGAAGUUAACAUUGUACGCAAUGAUUUUUGUACCCCCGAUUUCUGUUGGUGUUCGUUUAUUUGGCCGCUUUGUCCGUGAGCUCUCACACAAGACUCAGGCUGCUGCAGCAGCAGCAUCUUCAAUUGCUGAGGAGUCUUUUGGUGCUAUCCGCACAGUAAGGUCCUUUGCCCAAGAAGAUUACGAAAUUGAGCGGUAUUCUGAGAAAGUUGAUGAGACAUUAAGCUUGGGACUUACACAAGCUAAAGUUGCAGGAAUGUUCUUUGGAGGACUAAAUGCAGCAUCCACUCUGCCAAUUAUUGUUGUGGUGAUAUAUGGAGCUAUACUGACUAUAAAUGGUACCGGCAUGACUCCCGGUGCUCUAACAUCCUUCAUUCUUUAUAGCCUCACAGUUGGGUCAUCCAUAUCUGGACUGUCUGGAUUAUAUACAGUUGCAAUGAAAGCUGCUGGAGCCAGUAGACGUGUUUUUCAACUGCUAGACCGAACAUCAUCCAUGCAGAAGUCAGGAUCUAAGUGUCCAUUAGGUGAUCAAGAUGCAGAGGUAGAGUUAGAUGAUGUCUGGUUUGCAUAUCCUUCACGCCCAUCACACAUGGUACUAAAGGGAGUAACUUUCAAAUUGCUGCCUGGUUCUAAAGUUGCUCUUGUUGGUCCAAGUGGUGGUGGAAAGACAACGAUAGCGAAUUUGAUUGAGAGAUUUUAUGAUCCUACCAAGGGGAAGAUCUUGCUGAGUGGAGUUCCGCUAGUUGAAAUAUCUCACAAGCAUUUGCAUAGCAAGAUUAGCAUCGUGAGUCAGGAGCCUACACUCUUCAAUUGCUCCAUAGAAGAGAACAUUGCAUAUGGAUUAGAUGGCAAAGCCAGCGCUGCUGAUAUAGAGAAUGCUGCUAAAAUGGCAAAUGCACAUGAGUUUAUUUCUAAGUUCCCUGAAAAGUAUGAAACUCAUGUUGGAGAACGUGGGAUUAGGCUAUCAGGCGGUCAGAAACAGCGGAUAGCAAUUGCUAGAGCUCUGCUGAUGAACCCGAAAGUACUACUUUUGGAUGAAGCAACAAGCGCCCUUGAUGCUGAAAGUGAAUAUCUAGUACAGGAUGCAAUGGAGCGCUUGAUGAAUGGAAGAACUGUCUUAGUAAUAGCACACCGGCUUUCAACCGUCAAAAGUGCAAAUGUCGUAGCAGUUAUAUCUGAUGGUCAGGUUGUGGAAAGCGGCACUCAUGAUGAACUUUUGAGCAAGGACGGCAUCUACACUGCACUAGUGAGGCGGCAGUUGCAAGGACCCAGAGCUGAAGAUUAACGUUGAAGAUAUUAUUUACAAUUUACAACCCCAGACUAUACACUUUCUAUUGUAUUUAGGUCCUUUAUCUGACAUGUAGUUGAACAAGCAAAGGUUAUUUUUCUGGCUUCAACAUCUUGAUGAAUGUUGGUCAAGUCCGUUCAGUGAAUUACGAGCAAUUUUGCCUUCAAUCAAAUCUUUGAUGUGUACGCCAUAAA